AUAGCAGGAGAGCUGUGGGUCCUGUAGGGGGCGACACUUACGCUCUUUCUGCAGCACUGAUGAGGUGAAUGAUGCAAUAGGUGCAGGUCACUGUGCUGGAGUUGAACGUUCUGCUGUUCCUCAAGGUCACAGUGCACUGGAGUGUCCGGAACAGGCGGUUACAGAGCGAAAAUUCGGGAAUUACACUGCCUGCCAAAAGUUUGGGGACACAUCUUUUAAAAAUCUCAGAGUGGAGGCUGUGAUGGCUGAUCCUGUGAGGAGGCUGCUGACCGGGUCUCCCGGGGGCGGAGCCCAGGCAGACGAGGGGGUGGAGGAAGGGGGCGGGGCCAGAGAGCGUAAAACUCGAGUGGAGAUGAAGCUCGUCCAACCAAGAUCAGAGGACAGCUCGGAGGUGGGGCUUACUAAUGACAUCACAGCUAUGAUGCUACGGCAUCAAGUGGACCGCAGGAAGGCCGCUCUGUAUCUCACACUGAUCGGCCUGCUCAUAUUCACCACAGCGUUCCUGCUGGGUUACGUCUCGUUCCGUGGAAUGUGCCGCUUGUGUGUGGAGGAGGGAGAGAUGGUGCCGGUGGAGGACCCCGCCGGACCGGACCAGUCCGCGGGGGGAGGGGCGAUGUACCUGGGGGAGCUGAGGGACAUGCUGAAGAAAUACCUGAACGAGGAGAAGAUAGAGAGCACAGUCCGGCGCGUGAGCAGAGCGACCCACCCGACAGGCUCCGCAGAGGGAAACGCUUUAGCCAGUGAGAUUCUGCAGAGCUUCCAGAAACUCCACCUGGACCACACCUGGACAGACUCGCACUACGCUACACUGCAGUUCCCCUCCAGGACUCAGAGGAAUGCUCUGUGGUUGGUGGAUGCAGAGGGGGUGGAGCUAGAGGAGAUUUCUUUAGACAGUGCUGACUACUGCGCGUACAGCGCUACGGGAACAGCCACGGGGGGUGUGGUGUAUGUAAAUUACGCUCGUCAGGAGGAUUUUGAGCAGCUGCGGGCUCUGGGCGUGGCUCUGAACGACUCUAUCGCCAUGGCGAGGGUGGGAGGAGGCGUGUCCUUUGCUGAGAAGGUGUGGCAUGCACAGGAGGCGGGGCUUGUGGGAAUUCUUAUUUACCCUGAUCCUGCGGACAUCCCACAGGAUCCGCGGCGACUUGGUCUCCAUGGCAACGCUGUGAUCUCCGAGCACGUACACCUGGGCUCAGGUGAUCCUUUCACACCUGGAUUUCCCUCCUUUAACCACACCCAAUUCCCGCCCACACAGUCCUCAGGCCUGCCACUCAUCCCGGCUCAGCCAAUCAGUGCCAACGUCGCCUCCAAACUGCUGAGUCAGUUAGUGGGCGUGGCGUGUCCGCGGGGCUGGCAGGGUCGGUUGCCGUAUGUGCGGUGUGUUGUGGGUCCGGAGUUCUCUGUCGGGGGCCGCCAGGUGAAGAUGGCUGUGUAUAACAGCAUGAGCCCCGUCCUGCUCAACAACAUCUUCGCCUCCAUCGAGGGAAAGACUGAACCAGAUCAGUAUAUAAUAAUGGGGGCUCAGAGGGACGCGUGGGGUCCGGGGGCUGUGAAGGCUGGAGUGGGAACAGCCGUCCUGCUGGAGCUCGCACGCACCUUCAGCACCAUGCUGCAGAACGGCUUUUACCCCAGACGCAGUCUGCUCUUCGUCAGCUGGGACGCUGGAGAGUUUGGAAAUGUUGGUGCCACCGAGUGGCUGGAGGGUUACCUGUCCAUGCUUCACCUGAAGGCUGUGGCCUAUUUCAGUCUGGACCAGGCAGUUAUGGGUGAUGAUGCUCUGUCUGCGUACACCAGUCCUCUGCUGGCCGACCUCAUCGAGGGAGCCAUCAAACAAGUUGACCACCCGAAGCACUCCGGUCAGUCCAUCCUGUCUCUGGCCGAAGCUCAAGGCGGCUGGAGGAACAGGAUUGUGAAGCCGCUGUAUCUGAACAGCGGGGCGUACAGUUUCACGGCGUUUGGAGGAGUUCCUGCCAUGGAGCUACGCUUUCACGAGGAGGGCCGUGUGUACCCGUUCGUGAACACUCAGCUGGACAGUGCGGAGCGUGUGCAGGAGCUGCUGCAGGGUCGGCUGGGUGUGGUGGGCCGGACGGUGGGGGAAUUGGUAGGACUGAUGGUCCUCAAACUCACACAUGACCUCAUCCUCCCCCUGGACGUCACCUGCUACAGCACUGCUGCCCUGCGGCUCAGCGCUCAGCUCAACCAGCUCUCGGCUGAGCUCCAGGUGCGGGGGUUGUCUCCUCAGUGGGUGUACAGAGCGAGGGGAGAUUACAGCAGAGCAGCUAAAACCCUGCAGGAGGCCAUAAAGGACACCGACAUUCAGGACGAGAGGAUGGCCCGACUCUACAACACGCGCAUCAUGAGGGUGGAGUACUACUUCCUGUCUCAGUACGUGUCGGUGGUGGAGACUCCGUUCCGUCAUGUUCUUCACGGUCGUGGUGACCACACUCUGAGCGCGCUCACUGAGCACCUGGCCCUGCUGCGCUCUCAGCCUCAGCUCUUCAACGAGGCCCGCUUCCGGCAGCAGCUGGCUCUCUUCACCUGGACCCUGCAGGGGGCAGCAAACGCACUCAGCGGAGACGUCUGGAACAUAGACAACCCUUUCUAGAAAACCUAACCCACUGCAGAAAACAACUAGCCAUCAAAACCGAUUGUAGAAUACAUAGAACCUUCACAACCCAUUCUAGAACACCCAGAACCAUCACAACCCAUUCUAGAAAACAUAGAGCCUUUUUUAGAAACUAAGACCUUUUCUAAAACCACAACAUUAAUAUCUCAUUCUAGAACCAUCACAAACGGUUCUAGACAAUUUAUAACCAUGCUAACUCAUUCCAACAACCCACAGUGGCAGUGCAGAAUUACUGAAAUCAUCUCAACCCAUUCUAGAGCAUCCAAAGCCUUCACAGUGCCAUUGUAGGACCCUUUUAAUCUUCACAACAACAUUCACAACCCAAUCUAGAACCUUUACAACCCAUUGCAGAACAUCCAGAACAUUCACAACCUAUUCUAGAGCUAGACGAAGUCCCUUUAAAUCUUCACAGUUAAUUCUAGAACAUCUGCAACCUUGCCAACCCAUUCUAGAACACUUAGAACCUUUAUAACCUGUUUUGGAACACCUAGAACCUUCACAGAACCCUCACAACCCCUUUUAGGACAUCCAAAACCUUCACAAUUCGUUCUAGAGCUGCACACAGACUCCAAGAAGACAGUUUUAACAUUUAUAACCUGUAUUAGAACACUUAGAAGCUUCAUACAUAGAACCUUCAUCCUUUCUAGAGCAUCCAAAACCUUCACAACCCAUUUCAGAGUUCAUUGAUCUGGAACUUUACUCAGUGGACUCGUUCAUGAGGUCGGAGCCUGAAACAGGGCUCGGUUGAUAAGUUAAUGUGUGUGUGUGUGUGUGUGUGUGUGUGUGUGUGUGUGUGUGUGUCUGGCAGAAAGAGGUCUCCCUGUUCUGACUGAGCACCGAGGUUCUCUUUGUUAAUUGAUUGUUAAUUAACAAUUAUGAUUAAGUUGCAAUUCUUUUUUAUUACUACGUGAUAAUAAAGCUGUUAUUAAUAUAAGCAGUAAUUAUCGAGAGCAGUGACUCUCAUAAUUAUGACAGUCAUACUGUCGUCCAAUCAAAAAGCAGCAUCUGCUAUCAAUCAGCUCUGUGAUGUCAUAGAGACUUGGGGUCACGUGACCCCUCAGACUCUGACGUCACCGGGCACUGUUUUGCCAGCCGUAGUGGAGUUCACCAGUGACAUCACUUCCUGUGUAGCUGUACAGGGUAAAGUCCAGCAGCACAGAUGUGAGCCUGUCUGUCUGACGAUGUGUUUGUGUUCUGAUUAUUGAUCUGCUGUUGAUCAGUGCGACACAGCAGGCUGGUGUGACUGACUCCAAUAAAACCUUCAGUUCUUUCAGCAAAAAUA